AUGUCUGAAGACAUAAAUGAAGACGAUAUUGAAAAGGAAUCUCGUUCAGCAGAUGAGUAUUCACUCAAUUUUAAAAGGAUGAGUUUAUUAGUGGAUCGAAAAACUAAUCCCGCUGUUAACGCUGAUACAUUAUCUUCAGUUGGCGGUGAAAAGCGGAAAUUCAAGCUGCCUCGUUUGGAACUGAAGAAAUUUGGCGGUGAAAUUAAAGAUUGGCUGCCGUUUUGGGGACAAUUCGUAAAAAUUGAUGAAGAUAACGAUAUCGAUGAAACCGACAAGUUUCAAUACUUAGUCCAAGCAACUAUCCCGAAUUCUAGAGCGAGGGAAUUAGUUGAAAGUUUUCCCCCUACCUCCGGAAAUUAUUGCAAGGCGAUUGAUUGUUUGAAAUCUAGAUUCGGCAGAGAUGAUUUGUUGAUUGAAUAUUACGUUAGAGAAUUGUUAAAAUUGACACUCGCAUUUAAUCUUAAAGAGAAACAUGUUGAAUUAUCAACUGUUUAUGAUCGACUUGAAACCCAGCUGAGACCAUUAGAAACUCUUGGCGUUACUACAGCGAAGUAUGCGGCUAUGUUGUUUCCCCUGGUUGAAUCUUGUUUAAGUGAAGACGUUUUAAGAGCCUGGCGGAGAAAUGAUAUAGGAUUGGAUGGAAAAGAUGACGCGAAAGAAUCUCGAUUGGAAAGUUUGAGGAAAUUUUUGAAGAACGAAGUUGAAAAUGAGGAUAGGAUAGCUCUUGCCAUUCAAAGCUUCUCUUUGAAAGAAAAUAACAAAAAUAUCAAGAUUAAAAGAGACUUGCCGACAGCUCCGGGACUUUUUUCAGGAAACCAAAAAUCUGUUUUGAAGUGUGUAUUUUGUGACAAGAACAAUCAUGAAUCCAAAGAAUGUCAUGUUGCUCGAAAUUUGGAUUUAAGUGAGAAAAUGAAACGAUUGAAGAAAAGAGGUUGCUGUUUCAAAUGUCUAAGUAACGGUCACGUGUCAAAGCUAUGUAGGGUCCAAGUGAAUUGUGGGAGCUGUGGUCAAAGACACCAUGCUGUGAUGUGCCCUGAUAGAAAGACCGUUGAGUCUUCUAACUCUCAAGAAGUAACGGAAAGUUCAAUCAAUUUUGGAUAG